AUGUCAGAAUCUGACUCAGAAGCUACAAACACCAACCAACCUUUGAUGAAUUUCCCAGGGGAAUUCACUGCCCAAUUGGCCGAGUUCCUCAGGAAGAUUAAUAUACCACCAAAAACCCAAGAACAACCACCACCUCCACCCUCAAAUCAACCAGAAUCAUUGGGGGAGAUUCAUGUCCAAACCAAACUCAAUGGAGACAAUUACUCCCUCUGGACAACUCUGAUGAAAUGGGCAAUUGGAGGAAAAGGCCUUUCGUCUCACAUCAAUAGAGUUACAGGCUCCCUCCCAAUCGAUGAUCCAAGCUAUCCAAAAUGGGAGCAAAGAGAUCACUGCUGCUUCAAUUGGAUCAUAAACAACAUCGAAGCAAACCUCGUCAGUGAAGUAUCACAAUAUGCGACAACUCGAGACCUAUGGGAAGGUCUAGCCAUCACAUAUGGAAGUGGAACCGAUCCUUUCCAAGUCUCAGAUCUACACAUACAAGCAUAUAACAUGAAGCAGGGAAGCAUGAGUCUUGAAAGUUUAUGGAAUAAAUUUCAGGAUCUCUGGAUCUCCAUAGAUGAAAUGGAUCCAAAUCCAAUGGAUACCCCUACAACAAUCGAGAAGUACAACAAGAUCACCCAGAGACAUAGAUUAUACCAAUUUCUAUGGGCUCUAGACGACAGAUACGACACAAUCAAGAGGGAGAUCUUGAACAAAGAUUCGUUACCCACUGUACGGAGUGCAUACGGGUUAGUGAGACGUGAAUCUGCCAAUGAACGGGUCCCCAAACCCCACGGUGACUCGUGA